ACCAGAUUGUUUAGAAAAUUGUUCCCUUGUUGCAUUUACAUACUUCUAGGUAAUCCGACACAUUAAUUAUGAAUAUUGGGACUCAUUGUUUGCGCAUAAACAGCAUGAGUAGCGUUUGACAGGUUGGGACUCAGGACUAGUGAGCGACGGACUAGAGGCAACGGGAAGAUGCGGUAGUUGCUUGCCUUAUCUCUUUAAUGGUGUACAUUUUCAUGUGGGCAAAUGGGAAAUGCACAGGGGAAAAGUCCUGAAGGUAAAAACAAAAGAAGGAAAGCAAAGUCUUCGAAGAGUUCUCCUGCAAAAGAAUUUUCUCCCACACCAAAACGAAGUUCCACCUCAAAUGGUUCUGUAGCAAUAAACAGCAACCAUAGGACUACAGAAAGUUCAAUUCAUUUGCCCCUGAAGGAAUAUGAAGUUCCAGAUUUCUUAAAAGAUACCCAGCCACUGCGACGCCAAGAAAAUGCUGCUUCUCCAGUUGUGAGAAGGGAUCUGAAGGACCCAGAUUUUUCCUCACGAGGUGGACAGGGGCUAAUGAUUCCUAGUGAGGAACUAGUGGUGCCUGAGUUUCUAAGAAACAGUGAAGGUAGACAAGGACAUGAGAAGUUACGACGUGGUGGAAGUUCCACUACUGUCAUCAAUAAAUCUGGAGGUGCUCAGGGAAAUGCAAGAAAUGAAAGCAGAGGAAGAGCUACAGAAAAGACUGAUAAACAGAGGCUCCCCAAUGGAGUUACAAAAAUAGACAGUAAUGGCAUGAGAGACUUUGUUACUAUGAAUGGAGAGCAUAGAGUUCAUAAUCAUUCACAAGGUGGUAUUGCACCUCAUAAACCAGACCAGGAAACAAAGACAGGGCAGAAACAAAGUGCUGACUUUCAAACGAGGUUAAGUAGAGCCUCGACAGUUGACCUUCCAGAUAAAAUUGCUCAACUGGGGCAAAAUAUGAGAGAAAUUCGAUCCUCAAAGACAAGUUCGGACACCGACAGUGAUUUUAAGACAAGGAAUAGGAUAACAUUUGUGGACAUGGAGAGAAGAGAAGAAUCAGGAACAAAUGAUGAUGCUUCCUUGAAAAGGAAAUACAAGAAAGGGGGUCAUAAGAGUAAAAACAAAGGACAAAAUGGUGUGAAAGACAUUGCAGAAGUUUCACAGAGAAUUGCAGCUUCUGCUAAGGUGCAGAUGGAUCCUGGUGGGAGGCGUAAAUCGAACAACUGGCCUGCAGACACUGAUAGUGUCCAGAGUACCUCAUCACAGUCAUUUACUGAACCUAUUUCCACAUUGUCUUCUGAGAAAGAUAAAUUUAGUGUUUCUGUGAGAGAUCAUGGGAACCUUGUCUUAAAAGGUGGUUUUACUAAUGGACUUCUCUCUAGCUCUGGAAAAUUACCAGGAGCUUUAAAUGGCCAUGGGGUAGAGGAUGUAGACUCACCUCCUUCCACAGAAAGAAGUAGUAACCCUAAUGACAGCCUCGGUUAUAAGGAAAGUUCACCUGAGGAAAACCUUCGUAAAGUCAAGAGGAAGGACUCUUUGCAAGCUCAUUUAAGAAACAGGAUUACAAAUUUGGAAAAAGUGAAACCUCUGCCCAGGGCUAGAUAUGACAGUGACUCCACAACUAUCAGUGAUCACAGUGCAUUUGAAGAUGUCCAUAUAUUUCCUAAUUCCCCUAGAAGAAAGUCAAAUUUUGGGUUGAUGACUUUGCAUGAUCUUCCUGAAGACGUUUUGAUUUUUAUUCUGUCUUAUUUGUCUACAAAAGACCUUUGCAUGGCAUCAGGUGUUUGUCGAAAAUGGCAGACACUCUGUUGGGAUCCAGUGUUGUGGUCAAACAUUCAAAUCUCCAAUUAUCAAGGAAGUGACAUCAACAAAGUUUUGCGGAAUCUACUAGCAAGACUAGCCAUGGACACUCAGGGUUACUGUAUCACAGUACAUUCGAUAAAGUUAAAUGGUUGUGAGCUACUGUCUGACAAAGGACUGGGUUUUGUUGCCAGGUUUUGCAUAGAUUUAGAGGAACUGGAUGUUUCUGGUUGUUGCUGUAUCACAAGCAAAGGUCUUCAUGAUAUUUUGUUGAAUUGUCAAACUAUAACUCACCUUGACACCAGUGGCUGUACUUGCGUGAAUAGUAUAUCAGCACCAGUCGCAAAUGGAUUUGGCUUAGGACAUCAAGGAUCAUUCCUUCAGUUGCGUCAUUUGGACCUUAGUGAUUGUGUGGCAUUUGAUGACUUGGGUCUGAGAGUUGUGGGUCUAAGUUGUGGCUUGCUCGAAAACUUGUAUCUGCGUAGGUGCAAUCGUGUAACAGAUGUUGGUGUCAAGCAUAUUGCACAGCACUGCCGUAAUCUCAAAGAGCUUAGUGUCAGUGAUUGCUUCAAAGUGAGAGAUUUUAGUCUGAAGGAAGUUGCAAAAAAUUGUCCAAGUCUCAAGUACCUCAGUGUAGCAAAAUGCCCUAUAACAGAUACAGCAAUGAAGUACAUUGGAAAGCAGUGUGUCAAAUUAAAGUACUUGAACAUCAGAGGAUGUGAAGCUGUUUCUGAUGUUGGAAUAACACACAUUGUUCAGAAUUGCUUGAAACUGCGAUCUCUUGAUGCAGGAAAGUGUGAUAUUACAGACAAUGGUCUUCACUUGAUUGGUAUUCAUUGUCCUCAGCUCAAGAAAUUGAGUAUACGAGGAUGUGACCGUGUAACCAAUACUGGGGUGAGAACUAUUGCAGCUCAGUGCUGCAGUGUGCAAUACUUGAACUUUCAAGAAUGCAGCCUCAGUUAUGAGACUUUUAUGUACAUAAGAGAACAUUGCAAAAAUUGUGUCAUUGAGCAUACAUGCCCAGCAUUCUUCUAAACUUUUCAUGCAAAGUGGUGAUGUGAUUUCUUUGUCAAAUAUUCUUAUGUUGUAUUUGCUAUUUUCAGUCCAUCCAGUUGUGUGAAAUUUUGAGAGAUACACUACAUUUCUUUCUGCCCUCUAAUCCAUGUGUUCCCACAUCGCCUCAGUACCUACAUACAUGAGACAACUUUCCUUCCUGAUAUCCACUCCAUAUAUCAUGAUAGUAAACAUCCAUUAUGUUUUGCUUUGAGAUUUGGGGCCAUCAUGUAAAAUUUUUGAUGAUCAGAAUUAUUUAUUAAGUAAGAGAACUGUAACCCUUGAUGAGGGUGGGGUUUAGGUGGCUCAACCCCCUCCCCUUAUAUCUAUAAUACCCCCCCUUUCAUAUCUCUAUAGUAGUUUCGUUUUCUCACCCUAGGCCUUAAAAAUGCUCAGUUGCAACUGAGCAACAGUUGUAGAGCAAAAAGUAGAAUAUUGCCUGUCAAGACUAUAAACAACUGAAUAUAUUUACAACAUAUUUGUCAAAAAAAAAAAAAUCUCUUGAAAUCCUAUUCAGAUGGGCAAAUUAUAAAUUAACAGUAAUUCCAAGAACAAAACUUACAUCAUAACAAUGAAAAAAAAAAGGAUGUUGCAAGCAUGUUUCCCUGGGUGGUAGUGGUUUCCCUCAAGUGUGUUCUCCUGACCAUUUCUCAGAAGUCAACCUGAAAUUAUAAACUACAGGUGAAAAGUCUUUUACACUCGGGGCUUCAGCAUGUGCAUAAGUGAUUUAAUACUCCUACAGUGUGAAAAUACACAACAGUUGAAAUUGUAGAGUUAUGGUUGUUGUUUAUUCUAAUAGUUCAGGAGGGAACUAGCAUACGUUUUCAUCUCCUGUUCAAUCUUUAUGCAAAAAUUGGAUUAGCUAUUUUCUGAAUAUUUAAAAGAAUUACCACAUUGUUGUAUUUCAGUCUGCAGUGAAUAUGAUGUACAAUUCUAAGAACUAUCCACCAUAUUAUUUUAUGGGUCCUUUGUAAAUUUCAAGUAAAAAGAGUUUGCUUGGGACUGUGUACUUGAUGAAUUUUUUACCAAUUUUGUUCAGUUAUGAAUGAUGUUAUGCUUCCAGUUUUGAAGAGAAUGUUAAUUUUGUUGACACAUUUCUGGAAGAAUUUGAAUCAUUGUCAUGGACAAAUCUUACUUUUGGUUCAAAUGGCAGGAGUUAAUCAGAAAUUAAAAAUGGAAAA